CAUAUUAUGCAUAUUCUUACUGUCAUUCAUUUUAUCCAAAAGUAGCUUCAACAGUCCGGCCUGCAGUCAUGAAAGCCGUAGUGAUCACCACUCCCGGCGAUCCCCAAGUUCUCCAAGUGCAAGAAGUCGAAAACCCUGAAAUCGGAGAUAAUGAAGUUCUAAUUAGAGUGGAGGCCUCUGCUCUUAAUCGAGCGGAUACGCUUCAGAGGAAGGGCUUGCAUCCUCCCCCCAAAGGCAGCAGUCCCUACCCCGGUCUCGAAUGUUCUGGAAUCAUCGAAGCUGUUGGAAAGGCCGUCGUCCGAUGGAAGGUUGGCGAUCAGGUGUGUGCUCUUCUUGCUGGAGGAGGGUAUGCUGAAAAAGUGUCUGUUCCAGCUGGGCAAGUUCUUCCUGUCCCAUCUGGUGUUUCCCUGAAGGAUGCUGCUGCUAUUCCUGAGGUUGCAUGUACUGUUUGGUCAACUGUUUUUAUGAUGAGCCGGCUAACUGCAGGAGAAACAUUUCUGAUUCAUGGGGGGUCAAGUGGAAUUGGUACCUUUGCUAUUCAAAUAGCCAAAUACAUAGGAGCAAGGGUAUUUGUUACAGCAUGAAAUGAAGAAAAAUUAGCUGUUUGCAAGGAUCUUGGAGCAGAUGUGUGCAUCAAUUACAAGACUGAAGACUUUGUUGCACGGGUGAAGGAGGAAACAGGAGGGAAAGGUGUUGAUGUUAUACUGGAUAAUAUUGGAGGAGCCUACUUUCAGCGAAAUAUCGAUAGUUUAAAUGUUGAUGGGAGGCUUUUUAUUAUUGGUUUUCAGGGUGGAACAGUUGCAGAAGUAAAUCUUUCAGGUUUACUUGCAAGGCGCCUUACAGUGCAAGGUAACACUUUCUCUGUAGAAGAUAAUUUUGGAGUUGAAUCAAUAUGAUUAAUCUCAUCCAAGUUAAGAACUGAGGUGGAUCCUGGCAAGCCAAGAAAAAACUAUACUACUGUAAAUUCUUUUUUUUUUUUCUGGGUUUUCUUACUUCCUCGAAAUCCUAUUUCACAAUCUGGCCAGGUAGAUGGAAAAUUCCAGGAAAAAUCCUUUGGCAUUUUCCAUAAUUGGAAACACUCAAGAACUUAAAGUCUGUUUGACAAUGAUUCUAGGAAGCGCUUUUAAUAUUUAUAAUAUUUGAAAAUUUUUAUCAUUCAAGUGUUAGCAAUAUUAAAAACGUUUUCUAAAAUCACCCUUAAACAUUCUCUUAAUAUUUUCCUGCAAGAAACAUUUCUGAAAUUGCAAUGGUUUUCUAGUUACAAUAUUUGUUUUUGCUUUAAAUCAUCUGAAAAUAUUUUCUAGAUGUUUUUUCUCUCUUGACACAGCUUCUAAUUGGGUCUCUCUUUCUUUUUGGUAGAAUCUUGACAAGUUACUUUUAUAUCAUACUCACUUUAUUGUUUUUGGAUCAUGCACCUUGCUUCUGUCAGCCAUGUUAUUUCCACUACCCAAACUAGUAAAUUUAUGCACAAAGCUCCAUGUUUCAGUAACAGUGGUUAUUAGAUUGUAUUAAUAAUAUGUAUGACACUCGAUUAGUUUGCACUAAAUGGCAAUUGUUUCUGCAGCGGCUGGUUUGCGAAACAGAAGUCUGGAAAAUAAAGCUGCAAUUGUGAGUGAGGUGGAGAAGAAUGUUUGGCCUGCAAUCGCGGCUGGAAAGGUUAAGCCUGUGGUGUACAAGUAUUUUCCAUUGACGGAGGCAGCAGAGGCUCACCAGCUCAUGGAAAGCAGCAACCAUGUUGGGAAGAUACUGCUCAUUCCAUGAUGUUAUGGGUAUGAAUGGUCUUAUGCCUUAAAGAGGAUGACAUGGUUUUAUAACUCUUAGUGUGCAUCUACACUAUCUGAUACAAUGUGUGAUUGGCAGGUGUAGAUGGUCAAUGCUUAUUUUCUUAUGUAGCCCUGUCAUUUGAGAAUAAAAACCAGCCUUCUCGUCCAAACAUUUAGACUACUAGAAUUCAAAUCUUUGUCAUUUACAUAAAGGAACAAUUCCGAAAAAUUAAUUUUGAUUUAAGGGUUAGAGAAUUAAAUAAAAAAUGGAGUACAUCUCUAAACACACAGAGAGAUAAGUAUGCAUCAUGAUCUAGAUUAAAAAUAAAUAUGUGUUAACUUUCAUCAUCUCCUAUGGGUGUCCUUUUUCUUUUGGCAUGUAAAUGACCGUUAAUUUGUACUUUCAUACGUACAGGAAACAAAAUGGCCUGAAUAAUACCAUGUCAUUGGUGACGGUUAAAUAAAAUUUAAUUAUUCUUAACUAAUUUAUAUUUAGUUAUUGAAAAAAAAAAUCUAAUUUUUUUUAAUGAAUUAUUGAAUUUUUCUGAAAGUUCUUACUUUUUUUUAAAAAUUCGUUUUCCUUCACCCUGACAUGGGAUUCAAGGCGAAUGAAAAAUAUGAAAAACUUUCAUAGAUGGAAGGUGUGCUGGUUCAGUGGAUUAUACUUUGAGCAAGAAAAUUUGAAGAUCCAGAACAUCAAAUGCAGAAUAUCUGUCAAUCUGAGAUCAACAGGAGUGCAUGAAUGGAGUGGCUAUUUGCUGAAUUUGUCCAUGAAGAGGUUUCCAUUAAAUGGCUUAAUGAAUAUACAAAAUGGUAAAGGUAGAAGUGGAACUGCAUGAGAAAGUAGCUUAUUUACUAACACAACAUUCUAAACAAAACCACAAUGCUCCUGUCCUCCAUUCGAGCAAAGCAAGGAUAGGAAUUUCAGUAACUGCAAUGGGCUUCAAUUGCCAAGCUUUUCAGCACCCCAGGGCAAAAGGGUCUCCAUCACUCCAUGCCUAGCUGUAGAGAUGAUGAUAAUAAUAAUAAUAAAAAACACAAGACUUGAUUAUAAAUAUUGUAUAGUCUUACUAGAUUGAUACAUCCCAACAGUAGCUUUGACAGUCCGGCCUGCAGCCAUGAAAGCCGUAGUGAUCACCACUCCCGGCGAUCCCCAAGUUCUCCAGGUGCAAGAAGUCGAAAACCCUGAAAUUGGAGAUGAUGAAGUUCUAAUUAGAGUGGAGGCCGCUGCCAUUAAUCAAGCAGAUACGCUUCAGAGGAAGGGCUUACACCCUCCCCCCAAAGGCGGCAGUCCCUACCCCGGUCUCGAAUGUUCUGGAAUCAUCGAAGCUGUUGGAAAGGCCGUCGUCCGAUGGAAGGUUGGCGAUCAGGUGUGUGCUCUUCUUUCUGGUGGAGGGUAUGCUGAAAAAGUGGCUGCUCCAGCUGGGCUAGUUCUUCCUGUUCCAUCUGGUGUUUCCCUGAAGGAUGCUGCUGGUAUUCCUGAGGUUGCAUGUACUGUUUGGUCAAGUGUUUUUAUGAUGAGCCAACUGUCUGCAGGAGAAACAUUCCUGGUUCAUGGGGGUUCAAGUGGAAUUGGUAUCUUUGCUAUUCAAAUAGCAAAACACAUAGGAGCAAGGGUAUUUGUUACAGCAGGAAAUGAGGAAAAAUUAGCUGUUUGCAAGGAUCUUGGAGCAGAUGUGUGCAUCAAUUACAAGACUGAAGACUUUGUUGCACGGGUGAAGGAGGAAACAGGAGGGAAAGGUGUUGAUGUUAUACUGGAUAAUAUUGGAGGAGCCUACUUUCAGCGAAAUAUCGAUAGUUUAAAUGUUGAUGGGAGGCUUUUUAUUAUUGGUUUUCAGGGUGGAACAGUUGCAGAAGUAAAUCUUUCAGGUUUACUUGCAAGGCGCCUUACAGUGCAAGCGGCUGGUUUGCGAAACAGAAGUCUGGAAAACAAAGCUGUAAUUGUGAGUGAGGUGGAGAAGAAUGUUUGGCCUGCAAUCAUGGCCGGAAAGGUUAAGACUGUGGUGUACAAGUAUUUUCCAUUGACGGAUGCAGCAGAGGCUCACCUGCUCAUGGAAAGCGGCAAGCAUUUUGGGAAGAUACUGCUCAUUCCAUGAUGUUAUGGUUAUGAAUUAUCAUAUGCCUCAAAGGGGAUGACAUGAUUUUAAAACUCUUUAUGAGCAUCUACUAUCUGGUACAAUGUGUGAUGGGCAGGUGUAGAUGGUCAAUGCUUAGAUUCUUAUGUAGCCCUGUCAUUGGAGAAUAAAAACCAGCCUUCUCGUCCACGCAUUUAGACUACUGGAAUCUAAAGAUGAGAAAUUCAGAGAUAGCGUCUCUUGGCUCUCUGAUUCUGGUGUGUUUAUUCAAUCAGUAAGUCUUCAGAAUGGUUCGUCUUGGUCGUCCUAGUUUUCAUAUUUAAAUGUAAAGGAUUGAGCUGGGAAGUAAAUAAUAAAGCCUCCCUUGGAUCUCUGUUGAGCAUGGGAUACAAA